UUAUUGAGGUUAGAACAUGUGUUAAUGGCGGUCGAAAUGGCUUCGCAGUUCAGUGAGGACGGCAAAUAUUUCGCGCAAUUGGCAACUGACGGCAAAUUGAAGAUCUGGGAUACGGUUGCCAACAACUUCGAUCAAGAGUUUACGCCCGAUUUUCACUUGACAAGCCCCUGUACUUGUUUACACUUUUUGAAUUCGGACGUAACAAACAAGGAUGUAUCGCCUAAAAAGAAAAAACGCAGAGAAUCAGUUGUAGAAGCUGACUAUAAAAUUGCCUUGGGUACUAAGUCUGGUUUGUUGUUGGUGUAUUCCAUAGGAAAAGCAGAUGUUGAAUAUUCAAUUAACAGUGAAACAAGCCAACCAAUUAGUUGCAUUACUUUGGACAACAGUAAUGUUGUGUAUACCGGUGCUGAACAAAAUGUUUUAGUUUGGAAUCUGUCUAAGAAAAAACUAGAGAGCAAGUGGAAAACGGGCAAUGAAAGCAUAACUGCAGUUCUAGUAAUUCCCAACAGUGGUAGAUUAUUAGUAGCAUCGAAAAACAUUAAACUAUGGGACAUAGCAAAGAAAGAAGUGUUAAGGGUUUACACAGGCCACAGCUCCGAUGUGGUGCUGUUAAAAUACAUCAGCCCAAAGCUGAAGGCAGAUGCAUACUUUCUCAGUGGCUCAAAAGUUGACAGACUGUUGAGCUGUUGGAAUCUUAGUGACAGUGCUAAAGAUAAAAAUGCAGUUACUAGUUUUCUUAUGGAGGACGUUGUUCACAAUGUAGCAUUAAAAGCUCAGUCAGAUGGUACGACUAGUGUGGCAGCCAGUGUUAGAAGUGGAGUUGUCCACAUUUAUGAACACACACUUAAUGGGAAAUCUGGAAAACCUGUAAAACCAAAAACUACAUUGCAAGUAGUCUCUGACACUGGUCAAAACAAGGCUAUGGUUACUCCAAUAAGAAUUUACGGAUCAAUUUAUAGAGACGACAAUACUUUGUGUAUUGGACAUGGAACUGAAAUUACUCUCACAUUUGAAAAUAUUACAGUCGAUACAUACCAGAAAUUUCAAUGUUUGGUGCGCAACGAUCCCAGAACAGUCCGUGCGGCGAAAGACGUUGAAGUGACGAAAGUCCAAACCCCAAUCGUCGGCAAAGAUGUUGUGUAUGUGACCCCACAAAGUGCUGCCCCUGUUAAAAGGAAAAAGGAUGGACAACAGGAGGUACCAAUGGAGAUUAGGUUGGAGAAUCUGGUUCUGAACAAGGCAGAUGGUAAAGCAGUCCCUAGAGCUGACAAUGUUGCCCAGCUGUUGGUGCAAGGCUUACACAGUAAAGAUAAAAACAUACUCAGACAAGUCCUAACGAGAAAAGAUGAGACAGUCAUUAAGAACACUAUAAGAAGGCUACCCAUUACAGUAAUUGAGCCCUUGGUGGUGGAAUUGAACAACUUCCUGAAAGGAAAAACUGACAUGUGUCAAAUUGGCUCUCUUUGGCUGAGGCACAUUUUACAAAUACAUUCAGGUAUUUUAAUCUCAAACCCUAAACUAUCAGAGUUGUUGGGAGACUCAUUAAGUGGUAUUGAAUGUAGAUUGGCUAUGCAAGCACAGUUGCAAAGGCUUAGGGGUAGGCUGAAUUUGCUUGCCUCACAGAUUAGUGCCAAACCAAGCACAGAAGGAGACUUAAAUGAAGAACCCCUGCUUGUCUUCAAUGACAAAGAUUCAUCUGAUUCUGAAGAUGAUGUAAUGGAAGUUGACCUACACUCUGAAAGUGAUCAUGAGUGGGAGGAAAGUGAAGAUGAAAUUGAAGAAAAUAAUCAUGAAAAUAAAGACGACGGUUCGAAUGAUGAACAACAAGAGGAUGAUGACAGUGGGGAAGAAGACAAUGAGGAUGAAAAGUGAUGUGUGUUGUAAAUACUAAAUGGUUUUAGAAUUGUGUUCCAUCUUAUGUCAAUAUUGUUUAAUUUGUUAAUUCUUAUAUUUCAAAAAAACUUUUUUAUACACUGAUUUAUUUCCUAUUCUGUGAAAGAUAAAUAUAUGCCUUGUUGAUUUUAUAUUUGAUACAAUGGAUUAUAUGCAUUGAGUGCAUAAUUAAAAUUGAAUUACAAAAAUG